CGAGUCAAGUCCGGUUCAAGGCUCUGCCGGUCCCGCCAUAUACCAGAUAAGAUUUGUUUCAGUCUUCUUCCAAAACAGAAAUAUAAAAAAUUGGUCUGUAUUAUGCCUCAGCUCCAUACAUACUCCUGAAAACUUUUGGCGUUCUCCAUCUUUGUCCAGACACCCACAAUGCCACAAACCCUGUUCUUGAAGCCCUUUGUUUCGGUCCCUCUUCAUAACUGGAGGAAAUCGAAUGUACACACAAAUUGUAUAGAUGCCAACGUUAAAAUGCAGAGAAAGAUGGAGGUCGUUUGUAUGGGAAUGCUUUCACCGAGGAAGUUCUUGCGGAAAAGAAAGAAGCUAGAGGUUUUCAAAGAUGCAGCUGAUGAAAUUGAUCAGAAGAACUGGAGGAGACUGAUGAAUGAAAUUGAAGAGACGGGUUCUGCAGUUGCGGUGCUUAGAAAAGAAAGAAUGAAGAACCAGGAGAUACCAAAGGAUCUUGUGCUAGGUACCUUGGUUAGGUUUAAGCAGCUAAAGAAAUGGAAACUUGUUGGUGAGAUCCUUGAAUGGCUCAGGAUUCAGAGCUGGUGGAACUUUAGUGAAAUGGAUUUCUUGAUGCUUAUAACAGCUUAUGGAAAGACAGGGGACUUCAACCGAGCUGAGAAGGUUUUAAGUUUGCUAAAUAAGAAAGGCUAUCCACCAAGUGUGAUAUCCCACACUGCUCUUAUGGAAGCAUAUGGUAAAGGAGGCCGCUAUAAUAAUGCUGAAGCGAUAUUUCGAAGGAUGAAAUCUUCGGGUCCUGAACCAUCCGCUCAUACUUAUCAAAUAAUACUGAAAUUUUUUGUUGAGGGAUGCAAAUUCAAGGAAGCUGAAGAAAUUUUUGAGACCCUUUUGAACGGCAAGAAUCCACCAUUGAAGCCAGAUCAGAGGAUGUUCCACAUGAUGAUUUAUAUGUAUAAGAAGGCUGGAAGUUAUGAAAAAGCUCGCAGAUUAUUUGCAGUGAUGGCUGAGAGAGGAGUACUGCAAUCAACAGUUACUUACAAUAGUUUAAUGUCAUUUGAAACCAAUUACAAGGAAGUUUCCAAGAUAUAUGACCAGAUGCAAAGAGCUGGCCUCAAACCUGACGUGGUGAGCUAUGCCUCACUCAUUAGUGCUUAUGGUAAAGCUAGAAGAGAGGAAGAAGCACUUGCUGUGUUUGAGGAGAUGCUUGAUGCUGGUGUUAGGCCAACCCACAAAGCUUAUAACAUAUUACUGGAUGCAUUUUCAAUAUCAGGAAUGGUUGAGCAAGCUCAGACUGUUUUUAAGAGUAUGAGAAGAGACAGAUAUACCCCAGAUAUUUGCUCUUAUACAACUAUGUUAUCAGCUUAUGUGAAUGCUUCCGAUAUGGAGGGUGCUGAAAAGUUUUUCAAUAGACUAAAACAAGAUGGACUAAAACCCAAUGCCAUUACAUAUGGAACAUUGAUAAAAGGGUAUGCCAGGACAAAUAAUAUAGACAAAAUGAUGCAGAAAUACGAGGAGCUCAAGGUAAAUGGUGUAAAGUUGAAUCAGAAGAUAUUGACCACGAUUAUGGAUGCGUAUGGCAAAAAUAGAGAUUUUGAGAGUGCUGUAGUUUGGUACAAGGAAAUGGAAGCUUGUGGGCUUCCUCCCGAUCAGAAAGCAAAGAACAUCCUUUUGUCUUUGGCAAAAACAGCUGACGAACAGAUCGAAGCUAACCAACUUGUAGGACUUGUGGAUCAUAAAAGCUCUGAACAAAGAGUUAAUGGGGUUACUAGCUACGGUGAUGAUGAUAGCGACGAUGAGGAUGAAGAUGGUCUCAGUGACAAUGAAUAUGAUUCUCCAUCAGAUGCCAAUUUUCAAGAAGAGAAUCAUGAAGAACAAAGGCAUUUUGUUGGUGAUAAUCAAGAAAGCCUCGAAGCGCUGCAUUUGCUGAAGAUCUGCUGAUAUGUGAAUGUUGUAUCUAAAGUGUUUGGAUACAGUCGUCACAGCAUCAACUGAGACAAGUUGAGAGUUUAUAUAUUGGAAUGAAACCGUUCCGUAGAACCAUAGUAGCAUUUAAGCAUAUCAAUUUUGCUCUGAUGGUUGCAGUAAACAAAGUUUUGAUAGUCGUCUGUAUUAUUUACUGAUCUUAAUUUAUGUAGUAAUAUUAUGUAUAUAAUGUAUGUUGCUUAGCAAUAUGAUUUAUGUA